ACGUGCUGUUUUUACCCUCUGAUCCAGCGUCUCCUCUGCAGGUGCAGGUCAGCUGUAGUCUUCCGUCUCAUCCGAGUGAAAGAGAGCAAUGCAGAACGACUCCGGCCCACUAGUGCCUUUACACUGGAUUGGCUUCGGCUAUGCAGCCCUCGUUGCUUCUGGUGGGAUCAUUGGCUAUGCAAAAGCAGGUAGCGUCCCGUCGCUGGCCGCUGGGCUGCUUUUCGGAAGUCUAGCCGGCCUGGGUGCUUAUCAGCUGUCUCAGGAUCCAAGGAACAUUUGGGUUUUCCUAGCUACAUCUGGAACCUUAGCUGGCAUUAUGGGAAUGAGAUUCUACCACUCUGGAAAAUUUAUGCCUGCAGGCUUAAUCGCGGGUGCCAGUUUGCUGAUGGUCGCCAAACUUGGAAUUAGUGUGUUGAAUAGACCCCGUCAGUAGUAGUCAUGUCUCAGCUUGGACUCGUGAAGAAUUAAAAAACUUCUCAUAUUUUUAGUAUAUUAAGAGAAACAAGUACAGCAUUUUCACAUAUUCUGACAUUUUACCUAAGAAAUAAAAAACCAAAACCAAAUGACAUUGAACUUUCCAAGAGAAGAAAUCUUUUGUUAUCAUUACAGCCUUAAAGAGGUGGUGGUUUGUAUCCCAAGAGCUGCUUAUUACAGUUUGAUUCUUGUGUGUCGAUGUUCUCCAUUCUGUGCCUAUAGGUAAAGCCUCAAGGCGUAAAACGUUAGGUAUCGACUUUGGGGCCCCCCCAAGCCCCGUUCCCUACUCAGAACAGCGUGAAAAAAAAAAUCUCUCACGAGCUUUAGGGUUUCUGUUCUUCGGCUCAUCUUAGAGCACAGACCUACUUUGAAAUUAUGUCAAAUGAAAUAUCAAUGAAAAUAAAAUUUACUGUAAAUAAUAA